CGCUUCUUAACCAUUAACUAACCAUGAGUGACCAAAGGCUAUCAUCCUCGUCAAACUCCGAUCCAUGGAUUACAAGAAAAGAGAAGAAGAAGAAGCCUACAAAUUCCUCAAGAGUGUCCCCAACCCUGAUGGCUCCCUCACCAGGCUAAAGCCAAUUCCGGUCUCACCCUCCAACCCAUCAGAUCCCCAAUUUCCCCUUUCCAAAGACCUUCCUCUCAACCCCUCCUCCACCACCUUCAUCCGCCUCUUCCGCCCCCUGCCGCCUCCGUCGGAUUCAAAUUCUUCAUCGCCGUCUAAAUUUCCUCUGAUCAUCUACUUCCAUGGAGGCGGCUUCAUACUGUUCAGUGUCACAUCUAUCAUUUACCACGAAUCCUGUAACAGAAUGGCGGCUCUGUUUCCCGCCGUCAUCGCAUCCGUCGAGUACCGUCUGGCCCCGGAGCACCGCCUCCCCGCCGCAUACGAUGACGCCAUGGACGCUCUACAGUGGGCGAGAGAUCAGGCGAUUGGCGCCGCGAGCGGUGGGAACUGCGAUCCGUGGCUGGAUGAGCUUGUAGACUUCUCUAGAACUUUCCUGAUGGGCAGUAGUGCCGGGGGGAAUAUAGUCUACCACGCGGCGUUGCGCGCGCUCGACACCGAUCUCUCUCCCGUGAAGAUCGAAGGGCUGAUAAUGAACCAGCCGUACUUCGGUGGGGUCCAGAGAACAGAAUCGGAGAGAAGACUGGUCAACGAUAAGGUGGUGCCGUUGCACGCGAACGACCUGAUGUGGUCCCUAGCGUUGCCGAAGGGGGCGGAUCGUGACCACGAGUUUUCUAACCCGUUCACUGUUGGGCCCCAGCUGGGGGAGAAGAUCGGACGGCUGCCGAGGAGUUUGGUGAGAGGAUACGCGGGGGACCCACUGGUUGAUAGGCAGAAGGAACUGGCGAAGUGGUUGAAGGUGCACGGGGUUAGGGUGGUACCGCAGUUUCUGGAAACCGGGCAUCAUGGGGUGGAGGUUUUUGAUCCCAGGAGCGCCGAAGAUUUGUAUGUUGCCAUCCAGAAUUUCAUUUACGGUUGCGAUGAAGGCAAAGGUGUAGUAAGGUCUGCAAUGUAAAUAAGGAGUAUGUAAUUGGGAAAGGGUGAUAUAUGGGUAAGAUCUUCAAUCAUAAGGGAAUCGUCGUAUACGGUCAUUAUUUAAUAAAGUGUCAAAUAAAUACGUUUACUUAUAAGAAAAUAAUUGAAUGAGUCAUAACGACCGUUGACAAUCUCUUAAUCUCGAUUUUAUUUUAUGUGUCGUUAUUUUUGUCUUGUAUUUAAGUUAAUUAUGACUAAAUAUUUCACAAUUGAUCUUAUAUUCUGUUUUAAAAAAAUAGCUGAAUGAAUGCUAAAAUCGAGAUAACGAGAUUGUCAAAAGGUCAUUAGGACUGAUUUGAUUGCUUUUUACAAGUAGACGUAUUUAUAUGACACUUUAUUAAGUACACGCCUUAUGUGACAGAUUCGUAAUAGUAGAAGACCUUAUUUGAUUUUUUCCUAUAUGUAAUUAAAUGUGUUGUUUCUUUUUUAUAUCUCAAAGUACAAUAUUUUUAAUUAACGUGCAAGGAUAUUGCUUUUAGGCUAAAUCAGAAUCGAAUCAUA